AUGGGGCAGACUCAACAAACAGGGAGUUGUGAGGAGAUUGACGUUAAAGCUCUUCAGGAUAUGUACAAAAAAUUUGUCCUGGAAUGCCCGAGUGGAGUUCUUUUUAUGCAUGAGUUUAAACGUUUCUUUGGAGUGGAUCCAACAGGGGAAGCGUCUGAUUAUGCGGAGAACAUGUUCCGAGCCUUUGACAAGAAUGGGGACAAUACAAUUGAUUUUCUUGAGUUUGUGGCAGCACUGAAUCUCGUUUUCCGGGGAGACCUGGAACAUAAACUACGCUGGUCAUUUAAGGUGUAUGACAAAGACGGCAAUGGCUACGUGGACAGGAAUGAGCUGCGCUCAAUAAUUGAUAGUAUCUAUCGGAUCAAAAAGUGCUCAAAGAAAGACAUGAGCGAGACACAACUUUCAGUUGACGAGGUUGUGGAACGAAUACUAGAUGCUGUCGACUUUGACCGAGAUGGUCACAUUACUUUGGAAGAGUUUAUUAGAGGUGCACAGGAAGAUCCAUGGGUACUAAACAUGUUGAGGUUGGACAUGAAUCCGGCUGGAUGGGUUCUGGAGAACAGAAGAAAGAGUGCACAUUUCUGAUGCGUCAGCUUUGCCUUUGCUGUGAUGUGAAAUAGACACAGUCAUGGCGGCAGAAAUUUAGCAGACUUUUUUUUAUUCACACGUCUGUGCCAUUUAUGAACAUGCAGUUUCACAUUCACAAAUUGAAAACAUAUUGUUUUCAAUCAGUUUAGUUAACAUUAACAACAAUUUGGUUUUUGGCAAUAAAAGAACCCAUUACAGUAAUUGUAACUAAGAAGAAUAUAAAAAUGGCUUCUUAUCGGUUUUUGCACAUGACUUUAGUUUCAAUUUUGUAACUGCUGUUAUGUUUCAUUUUGCUGACUUAAAAUAUUCAAUUAUGAAUUUAUGUUUAGCUAUUUUUAAUGGGCCAUUUUACUCAAACCAACAGCCUUCUUGUCACUUAGUGUCAAUGAGUAAAUAAUGACUAUACAAUGCUUUAAUAAAAAUGACUUUCUUGCG